AUGAACUUGUCAUUGCUGGAUCCCUUUGCAGUUGCGAAGGAGUACCCUGAGGUUUUAUUUUCCAAGCUGGAAUUUGGCCAUUCGACUUUGAUAAAGUCCUCCUACAAUAGCGAUUACUUGGCGUCAGGAACAAUUGAUGGAGACAUUGUGAUUAUAGACUUGGACACACACGGAAUCAUUAAAAUCCUUAGAAAUCACACCAGGGCGAUCAAUUCGUUAAGGUGGUCUAAUUGUGGAAGGUAUUUACUAUCUACUUCGAGAGAUUGGAAGGUCAAUUUAUGGGAUUUAACUGCCAAUGAACCCAUAAGAAGUCUCCGCUUCGAAGGGCCCAUAUGGCAGGCGGAAUUCUCUCCGAAAAACCAGCCCUUUGAAAUAUUUAUUUCAAUCUUUGAAGACGAUUGUUUAUUUGUGAAUUGGGAAGAUAAAGAUGAUAUCAGGAUGAGCCCCAUCAGCGUUGAGGGGUCUGAAGAGUCCUCAAAUCACUACAUAUUGACGGGUGUGUAUCAUCCCUCUGGAAACUUUCUUUUUGUGGGAACAAACAAAGGUUUGGUGAACAUCAUCAGUACAAUCGAUGGAUCUACCUUAUUUACGGAAAAGAUAACUUCUUCCAACGUAAAAAAUAUCAUUUUGUCCCAAACAGGUUAUAGAAUAGCGGUCAAUUUUUCAGAUCGUAUCAUAAGGCAGUUCAAGAUUCCAGAUUUGGUCAAUGAGGAGCCCGAAAAUUGGGUUCUAGAAGUAGAACACAAGUAUCAAGACGUGGUCAAUCGCCUACAGUGGAACUCUGUAAGUUUCAACUCCAAUGGAGAAUAUUUGAUCGCAUCCACGUUUGGAUCUUCUCAUGAAAUUUACAUUUGGGAAACCACGAUGGGAUCACUGGUAAAGAUUCUUGAAGGGUCCAAAGAAGAGCUAGUAGAUGUGGACUGGAACUUCAAAAAGUGUGAAAUCUACGCUGUGGGGUUGGAUUCUGGAAAGAUUUAUAUGUGGGGUGUGAUUGUGCCUCAGAAAUGGAGUGCUCUGGCCCCCGAUUUUGUUGAGAUUGAAGAAAAUAUAGAGUUCAUGGAGAGGGAAGACGAAUUUGACAUAAUACCAGAGAAUGAAAUGGCCCAGAAAAACUUGGAACUUGAAGAGGAUAUCGAAGUCGAUCUUUUGACUAAAGACACAAUAGACGCAAGAGGAUUCUCCAUAGAAAAAAGUUUUGUUAUCCCUUUGAAGCUAGAACAUUCACAAAAUCUAUUUGAGUGA